UUUAUUCAGAAAGUGGAAAAAUACUAUGCAUUUGAGAUCCCGGAUGUUCCAGCCAAGUCUGAAUACUUAGAAGUUAAAUAUUCGGCUGAAUACCCUCGGCUUCCUCAAGACCUGAAAGGAGAAACAUUUUCACAUGCAUUUGGAACUAACACUUCUAGCUUGGAACUUCUCUUGAUGAGUAGGAAGAUCAAAGGACCGUGCUGGCUGGAAAUCAAAAAUCCACAGCCCUCAAAUCAAUCAGUCAGCUGGUGUAAGAUAGAGGCAGUGGCCAUGAAGCCUGGCUUGGUGAACGUGGUUAAAGAUCUUCCUCCUCCUCCUCCUCUUGUGGUAAUGUCCCUCAGCAUGAAGACCAUUCAGAACCCAAAGACUCACCAGAAUGAGAUCGUUGCUAUGGCAGCUCUGAUUCAUCAGAAAUUUCCUUUGGAUAAAGCUCCACCUCAGCCUCCUUUUCAGACACACUUUUGUGCUGUUUCCAAACCGAAUGAUUGCAUUUUUCCUUAUGACUUCAAAGAAGAGAUUAAAAAGAAGAAUGCUAAAAUAGAAAUUGCUGCAACAGAGAGAACGCUGCUAGGAUUUUUCCUCGCGAAGAUUCACAAAAUUGACCCAGAUGUUGUUGUGGGUCAUAAUAUUUAUGGAUUUGAUCUGGAAGUGCUGCUUCAAAGAAUUAAUGUGUGCAAAGUCCCUCACUGGUCCAAGAUAGGUCGACUGAGGAGGUCCAAUAUGCCAAAGCUUGGGGGUCGAGGAGGAUUUGGUGAAAGGAAUGCUGCAUGUGGUCGGAUGAUCUGUGAUGUAGAAAUUUCAGCUAAAGAGUUAAUCCGCUGCAAGAGUUACCAUUUGUCUGAACUGGUCCAUCAGAUUUUGAAAACGGAGAGGGUAACAAUUGUACCAGAGGAAAUUCGAAAUAUGUACAGUGAUUCUCCUCACUUACUGUUCAUGCUGGAAAACACCUGGACAGAUGCCAAGUUCAUUCUCCAGAUCAUGUGUGAGCUAAAUGUUCUGCCACUAGCCCUUCAGAUUACAAACAUCUCUGGAAAUGUUAUGUCAAGGACAAUGAUGGGUGGACGGUCUGAACGUAAUGAGUUCUUGCUGCUUCAUGCAUUUUAUGAAAAGGACUACAUAGUCCCAGACAAACAAGUUUUUAAAAAGCCUCUACAGAAACUGGUGGAUGAAGAUGAAGAUUUUGAAGAUCAGAAUAAAUCAAAGAUGGGGAGAAAGAAAGCAGCAUAUGCUGGAGGCUUAGUCUUGGAUCCCAAAGUCGGUUUUUAUGACAAAUUUAUUUUACUUCUCGACUUCAACAGCUUGUACCCAUCAAUUAUCCAGGAGUUUAACAUCUGCUUUACCACAGUGCAGCGACUGUCAUCAGAAGCACAGAAAAGGGCAGAGGUAGAAGAAGAGGAAGAAAUUCCAGAGCUUCCGGACCCUUCUCUGGAAAUGGGAAUUCUGCCUAAAGAAAUCAGGAAACUUGUGGAGAGAAGGCGCCAAGUUAAGCAGUUAAUGAAACAGCCAGACUUAAAUCCUGACCUUUAUUUACAGUACGAUAUCAGACAGAAAGCUUUGAAACUCACCGCUAACAGUAUGUAUGGCUGCCUAGGAUUUUCCUACAGCAGAUUCUAUGCCAAGCCUCUGGCUGCUUUGGUGACGCAUAAAGGGAGAGAGGUAAGACAUUAAACAACUUUGUGAACAUGUGUACCUAAAAGUUAAUUUAAGCUACUUACUUUUCAUUGAGCAGGAUAGCGGUCUUCACUUGUUUUCAGACCUGAUUUUAAUUUUGGACCUGUUUUAAUUUUUCCCGUACUGCAUUUGAGAAGAAAAAAGGAAUUUGGAAUCUGGAAAGGAGUGAGACAAAUGUCUCA